AUUUGUCGUUUUAGGAGAAUGUAUUUACUGGGCAAUCAAAGAUCUAUUCCUACAUGAGCCCGAACAAAUGCUCUGGAAUGCGUUUCCCCCUUCAGGAAGAGAACUCAGUUGCACAUCAUGAAGUCAAAUGCCAGGGGAAACCAUUAGCUGGAAUCUACAGGAAACGAGAAGAGAAAAGAAAUGCUGGGAAUGCGGUACGGAACGCCAUGAAGUCCGAGGAGCAGAAGAUCAAAGACGCCAGGAGAGGUCCCCUGGCACCAUUUCCAAACCAAAAAUCUGAAGCAGCAGAACCUCCAAAAACUCCAACCUCGUAUUGUGAUUCUCCCAAUGCAGCCAUCUCCAAGCAAGCCCUGAAAAAGCCCAUCAAGGGCAAACAAGCCCCUCGGAAAAAAGCUCAAGGAAAAACGCAACAGAAUCGCAAACUCACGGAUUUCUACCCUGUCCGGAGGAGCUCCAGGAAGAGCAAAGCUGAGCUGCAGUCUGAAGAAAGAAAGAGAAUAGACAAACUGAUUGAAAGUGGGAAGGAGGAAGGAAUGAAGAUUGACCUCAUCGAUGGCAAAGGGAGGGGCGUAAUUGCCACUAAACAGUUCUCCCGGGGCGACUUUGUGGUGGAAUACCAUGGGGACCUCAUUGAGAUCACUGAUGCCAAGAAGCGGGAGGCUCUGUAUGCACAAGACCCCUCCACAGGCUGCUACAUGUACUAUUUUCAGUAUCUGAGCAAAACCUACUGCGUGGAUGCAACUAGAGAGACGAACCGCCUUGGGAGACUGAUCAAUCACAGCAAAUGUGGGAACUGCCAAACCAAACUUCACGACAUCGAUGGCGUACCUCACCUCAUCCUCAUCGCCUCCCGAGACAUCGAGGCCGGGGAGGAGCUCUUGUAUGACUAUGGGGACCGCAGCAAGGCCUCCAUUGAAGCCUACCCAUGGCUGAAGCAUUAACCGGCUGGCCUGCCGCCCUCCCCACCCCACCUUCCCUUCUGCAAAGGACAAAGUGCCCUCAAAGGGAAUUGAUUUUUUUUUUUUUUUUUUUUUUUUACACACUUAAUCUUAGCGGAUUACUUCAGAUGUUUUUAAAAAGUAUAUUAAGAUGCCUUUUCACUGUAGUAUUUAAAUAUCUGUUACAGGUUUCCAAGGUGGACUUGAACAGAUGGCCUUAUAUUACCAAAACUUUUAUAUUCUAGUUGUUUUUGUACCUUUUUUGCAUACAAGUCGAACGUUUGUGCUUCCGUGCAUGCAGUCAAAGACUCAGCACAGGUUUUAGAGGAAAGAAUCAAACAUGAACUAGGAAGCCGGGCGGGUCUCCUGCCUCUAGUUGAACAGCCAGGACUUUCCCCCACACCUGCCGUCUGCCUGAGGGCAGGAGGGUGUGGGAAGACGCUGCCUCCCAGCGGCCUGGACGGGAUGUUUCCAAGCUCUUGUUCUCCCAACGUCUCGACAGGCGCACAUUGAAGUGUAUGACUAUUUUUUAAACAAGGUUUCGCAGUAAGCUAGUCUUCCCCUCUGCUUUCUCGAAAGCUUACUGACCCCAUGGCCCGUGAGCACGGGCCGGGCGUAGAUUUACUCUUCCACGGGCUGCCGCUUUUUUGGGCACCUCGAAGCAUCAGGGCCGGUAAUCAAACUAGUCGUGGGCAGGGAAAAGCAUUGCUUCCCUUCCCCUGCCAGGGCAGGGUUUCCUGAAACUGGGUUAAUUCUUUAUAGAAAUGUGAACACUGAAUUUAUUUUAAAAAAAAAAAUAAUAAAAAUCCAAAAAACAAAAAAAAUAAUAAAAAAAAAAAACCACAGAAAACAACUUACAUGUAUAUAGGUCUUGAAGUGAGUGAAGUGGCUGCGUUUUUUUUUUUUUUUGUAGAAGAGAUUUGAGAUGGUACUCUAUUCUAAUCAAAAAUAAAGUUUUGUAGUGGGACCAGAAAUUACUUACCCGAUACCCCUCAUCCCAUCCCCCAUACCUCAAUUCUGCUGGGUUGAAAGUUCCAGACCUGCCAGUCAGGGCCUUCUUAUCAGACCACCUGGUGUCCUUCCUGUGAAGAUGCAGCCAUGAACUGAAGCGUGAGCCUGCAAGCCCAGGACCCCCCCACCCCAGUCACUGCCACCAGUCUCAAAGAAGGGCCCCCAGGUGUGCAGAGGAGCGGGCAGGGCCCAGUGGCCUAGGGAUCAAGGAUAAGGCUAAAGUUUUCAACUUGACCAUAAUGGCAGAAGAAAUAGGUGGCUUCCUCCUCCCUCCCUAAGGAGGACCAAUUCCUACCCACUGCUCACCUGCAGGGGGCCAGGGCUCAGGAGCCAUGAACUGGGGUCUCCUGCGUACCCUAGUCCCAGGUAAAUGUGAAUGGAGACAGGUAUGAGAGCCUAUCCUUGUCCUUGAUUCUCCCACCCCCGGCCUCGCGACGGUGCUACCUAAGAAAGUCUUCCCCUCACCCCACGCUAGCCUGGUCAGUGGUCAGUGAAUUCGAGGAGGAUCCGACAGGAGUGUAUAAAUGUGAGAUCAAAUGUCUUGGUUGUACCUGUUUGUGGUUUAGCUUUGUAUUUAAACAAAAAAGGAAAUAAACUUGAAAAUUAUUUGUCAUCAUAAAAAUGAAACAAGAAAAAUUAAAAUAUUUAUUGCCAGGCAA